AUGGACACCUUACAUGAGGGAAUCCUUUCAACGGCUCCUCAGCAGGCUCGCAAGAAGUUUGCAAAGCCACCAGUGAAGGUGGCAUGUUUAGCAUGUCGUGCUUCCAGAACCCGAUGCGGUGGGGAAACACCCUGUUCUAACUGUGUCGCAAAGAACAGAAAAUGUUCUUAUCUUCCCAGCAAACGAGGCGGGCCUCGGAAAAAGAAGCAAAAGGCUUCGUCAUCUCCCGAAGCAGAGUCCCAGCAGGAUGAACCGCAGUAUGAACCAGUAAUGUCUGCGGAUUUCGAGGAGCCAUCAGGCAUGUUCAGUCAAAUCGAUGUGCUCUCUUUACCGGGAGCAGGUCUGCGACAUCUAGACUUCCCCCAAGUAGCCUCUAUGUUCCAGGACUACUAUUCCGGUGAUGCAUCUCAUGUCCCCAUAGAGUCGAUGCCCUCCCCCUUGGGAAGCACUCGGUGCUUAGUGAGAACAUAUGGAAGCGAACCUGAAAUAUUGAACGCCUACUAUGAUUUCAUUCAUAUCUACUUCCCAAUUUUACCACCGAGGGUAUCUCCUCAAUGUCGGGAUAGACCUUUGCAAAACCAGGUGCCAUGCUCUAACCCAUCAUCCGAGCCUGUAAUGAUGUACCGGCCUCGUUCGCCUUUGAGUCUUGCAAUAUCAGCAAUUCUGGCGUUGGUACCACAUUCAAAUGAUCCGGAUCCAUCCUCACAUGCAUCAGUCCUUCAGCGAAGACUGUAUGCUAAUGCGUUCUCGCAACUUGCUAACUCAACCAUUGAGUCGGAGUGUGAUCUUGAAUUGUCAUCAACCGACCCUGGCCUGGCAUUAUCAAGCGAACGGCCUGCGAUCAAUCGGGAAAGAUUCCAUCCCCAGGUCCCGGAGGAUCUUGAGAUUCUCCUUGCUUUGUUGGUUCUCUCAGUAUACGAGUACACCCAAAGGGGAAAUAGGCUGAAAAUGAGGUAUCGUGCUGGCCAAGCUUUGGCUAUCGCUUUGGAUAAGUCAUUGCAUGCCUCUAUGGACGAGGAUGAGUCUUCUGAAGCUUGUCGGAGAGCAUGGUGGAUGACGUAUUACUGCGUCUUACAAGGCUCCAUUGUGAGCACAACUGCACCUACAGUUGUCAUCAAUGACCCCCAAUUCACGACCCCGUAUCCACGAUUCUCUGAUGAUCCUGAGGGCUGGUCCAUUUUGAUACAAUCACAACAAGUCUUGGUCUCGGCGUCCCAGUUCAUCGCCGACUUGAAUAAAUGCUUGGUAUCGCAAUCAGGCAUGCACUUUAUGUUUGAACGGAUGCAGCAGCUGGACUCCUGGACCAACUCUGUUCUUGCGCAAGCGUCCUCACUUCCUAUUUCCUCUGAAUUUGGCAACCAUCGAGAAUCAAUCACCGCCCAGAGCAUACGAGCAAUUUCCAGGAUCAAAUUAUCCAGUGCACAAAUCAAAAUACAUCGUUUCAGAGCCUUCUCCGACAUCCCAAUCUUCAUUAAGAAACACUGCGACCUCACCACUGCAAAUCCAACCAAUACUUCUGAUAUCGACACAAAAUCCUGUACUUCAGGAUCAGACAUCCAUAGCGUUUCUUGUUUACAUGGCGGCCUUGAUCAAUUCCAACGGGCCCCCGCAAACGAAUACAUGACACCAUCCGACUCAUCCACAUCCUCAGACGGCCAUCCUUAUACCCCACAAUAUCCACAGUACCCCUUCACACUAGGAUUUCCAUAUAGUCCACAGCACUCGGCAAAAGUCUGUCUCCGUGCUGCGAUUACAAUCUCACACAUGUUUGAGAGUCUGCCCUACCCGCAACCCCUUCUCGAGAAUAAUCAACAACACCCACAGCGUCCACUACCCCGGACCAUGCCUUCAUUUGCAUGUUGUCUGAUGCAGAGCAGUUACGCAAUGUUAAUGAUAUAUUACAAGGUCCGCGUGGCGAAGCAACUUUCUCCGGAUUCUGAAAACGACAUUGGCGGUGACUCGACCAAUAGACUCGUUGAAGAGUUAUGCCAGGGCCUGCAACGGAUUAUUAGCGCCGUAUCAAACUACUCCAUUGCAUUCGAGGCAUUGGACGGCAUGAGAGGUAAUCAGAAUCCUACUUUUUUCCUUUCAAUUGCAUUCCCCGCUGAUGAUACUCUAGAUGAAAUCCAAGGUGCAUUCCAAACGGCAUUCCCUCAAUUGAAGAUUCCGUCGAAGCAGGAAAAAUACUUGGCUUCACCUUGA